AGUUGGUACCAAUGCUUUCACUACAAGAGUUAAAGAUCUCUUCAGUGGCAAAGCAGAGCUACUUUUGGGUAUUAAUGCAUGUUUACCAAAUGGUUUAAAGAUAACACUCAAAGAUAUUCCGAUCAAAGAUCCAUCAAAGAUUACCUUUAGUGAUGCAAAUCGAUUUGUUGGCAAGGUCAAGGCAAGGUUUCAAGAUGAAGAUCGUACAUGCACAUCAUUUUUGAAAACUCUGGAGUUGUAUAGAGAGAACAACAAGACUUGUCUUGAGGUUUACAAUGAGGUGACUACUCUUUUCCAAAACCAUGUUGAUUUGCUUGAGGAGUUUUGUCUCUUUCUCCCUAUAUCUUAA